UUUUAUUAUUUUUUUUAUGGUGACUUUUUCCUGAUUCUGACCAAAAAAAGGUAGAGGAUGUAUUUCUAAUUGUCUUAUUAACUUUGGACUGCACAAUCAAGAACACGUACAGUCAUCUUCAAACUACCAUAUUUUGUGGUUAGCUUGGCUUUUUAAAAAGUUUGAAUUUUAAUUCAAAUGUGUAUUUUUUGAUCUUUUUCUUUGUGAUUUCCAUUAUUUUUAGGCCUUUAUAAAAUCAGACAAAUAUCAACCAAUGUUUUCCAUGCAGAAAAAAAGGGCAUCGGUUUUGAGUGUCAAGGAAUCCAAAGCAGAGAGAACGGUUGUAGUUGCUGGUCUUCCAGCUGGCCGUUUUGAUGAUCUAUUGCUGACCGCAUUAGUGAAGAUUCACUUCCAAGAUAUUAAUGAGGGCGGAGUUGUUGAAGAUGUGCUAUACCCAACAAGAACCAAAGGAGUUGCAUAUGUAACAUUCAAAGAAAAAAAAGUUGCAGAGAAUGUCAUCAGAAAAGAGAAACACUGUCUAGCAGAGAAGGCUGGACACAUUCAACUCAUAGUCUCUCAUUUGAGUGAAAAGGUCUUCAGCUCGGUCAAUGCUGUACUUGAUCUUUCCAUUUUUCAGAGUCAAGUCUUUCUGGAAUGUCUGGUAAGAGACCUGAAAAGGAAACAUCCAACUCUGUGCUUCAGUUCUUUGGAAGACAAUGGAAGAAUCUCUGUUCAAGGAUCAUUUCUGGCUAUGAAGAAGCUCAAAGAAUCUUUGCUAUUAAAAGCAGGUUCUCUUUUAGAAAAAAACAGGGGUUUUAUCAGUGAGCGGGAAAAGAGGAAUAAACAGAGCCCCAGAAGGAGCCCACAGAAGAGUGCCAACUCUCUGGAGACACCCAGGCGCUCAGUGCCCGAGACUCCUAGAAGGGGAGAAAUAGUUGUUCUCGACACAGAUGUUUUUCAUUACCUGAAAAGGGGCAAUUUUUAUAAAAGCACAUUGAAAAAAUAUCAUGUUCUAUGUCAGGAGAGAGUAGAUGGUGAAAUUACCACAAUUUGCAUAAGAAAUGCUCUAGCUGGUUCUCAGCCAAACCAUGAAAAACUUGUGAAAGAGUUCAUUGAGAAAUAUUCACAUGCUCUUCACUUCGAGCUUAGAAAAGAGACAUUUGUUUUGGAAGGAAUGGAGAAUAGAGAGAAAGUAAGUAUUAAGGGGGCAUGUAAACAACUAAGUUCAAAGUACCUUGAUGUUCUGAUUAAGUUUUAUGAGACACACAUUGACAUUAUAGGACCUUCUUCUGUCAUUUAUGCAUUUAAAAAAGAGGCCAUGAAACUAACAAGGCACAGAGUUAGGUAAUAGAAUCUCAGCAAUAAGGAUGAUAAUGACUGUUGCUUUCCUUACUGAGCAGGGAUGACACGCUAGUUUUAUGCACUUUAUCUCAUUUAAUCUUUGUGUCCUACUUCGUUGUAGGCAUUGCUAUCCUUACGUGAUAGGGGAAGGAACCGGGGAUUUGGAGGCUAAAACACUUUCCGAGGUUAUCUAGUUAACAAGGAAUGAGGCUGGGGUUAAACCCAGUCUGUGUGACUACAAAGAUAAUAUUUAAGGUAUAAAACUUUG